GAAACCCUCGCAACGUUCUAGAUUUCACGUUUUGAACCAUUAGCCGUUUUUUAAUUUUGGAACCACGCUUGCUCGGGUUUUGAUAUUAAACACGGGUAAAGGACCACUUUUUUUAAUGUAAUUUCUACCGCAUGUUGAGUGAACAGAGUGACUGUUUUGUUAUAUCUCAUCCAUUGUGUGACCUAGCGUUUAUUGAAAUGACCUAAGUAACCUACAGAUUAGAUAUAAACUGGCAAAUAAGUUUUGUUAGUAACAGUGGAAUAAAAAAACACUUCUGCCUAUUCUUGACAAACACCUCCCAAACUAUUCAUGAAUAAAAUAACAAUCAACUCUCUAUAAUAAAACUAGCUACGCCAUUGUGAUAAUUUCAUACAUUUUUAAAAUUAAUUUAAGUGUACCUAUUUUCAAUAAAGAUACACACAAUUAGAACGCACCUUUUAUAUAUUUUAUAUAUGGUAGCAUCCUUUUUCCUAUACCCCCACCCUCACCUUAAACCGCCAGUGCAAAAUAAAAUCCCGGCGCGCGCGCGCCCAAAAAUUCGCAUUCUUCUAAUUAAAACUCAAAAUACAUGUGAAAAGUACUCCAUGAAGAUCAGUCACGUCACUUUUAAUACUGUGUAUUGUGAACAAUCAGGUCGUGUUUGUGGUGAAAUACGAACUCAAAAUAGGAGUCGGCGGGAUAUGAGCUAUUCGAAGGUGAGUCCUUGCCUCUCCAAAAACCUUUUUUGUAUUAUAUCGUAUGUUUUCGAAUGCACCCUAAUUUAUUUCUGAACGAAAGGAAAAUGUCAUAAACGUCAAUGUCAUUAACAUAUGUUCAAGGUUCAUUCGGUGCCCUUUUCUCGCUGUCAACAAGUACUGCUUAGGAUCGUAAUAAAAUCUUAUCUUUUAAAACCCUUAACCACCAAUUAUUACAUAACAUUUGCACUGCUGAUUAAUAAUAUGUAGUGUUUAUUAAAUCAGUGUCUUUUCAUCAGUAGUCGAAGCAAGUUUCAGUGAUUAAAGCUCAACAAUGGUGCACUAUGACACAAUAGUGAUUGGGCUAGGAGCUGCUGGUGUGACUGCCGCCACAACCCUGAUCCGAGCGGGGAGACGAGUGCUGGCAUUAGAGGCCCAGUCUCGCAUUGGUGGACGAGUCCAUACUGUACCUUUUGGGAAUGGUCUUGUAGAACUGGGUGCUGAAUGGAUCCACGGCAACCAAAAGAGCCGCGUUUUCGACUUAACCACCCAACACAACAUCACUACCGUACCACAGAGCCUGAUCAUGGCUCCGUUCCGCUCAGACGGGUCGCAGGUUGAUGCGGAACUGGUGAACGAACUACUGGAUAUAGCUCUGCACAUAGUCGACCAUCCGCCGGACCAGCCCGAGCCAUUGGGGACCUUUAUUACUUACAAGCUAAGAGAGUACAUCGCCGAGCACAAGCCAGACCUACUAAAAGACGAAGACUUCAUAACGGAAUUCCUUGAAUUCGCGAACCUGCUGACCAAUAACUACGAGGCGUCCAACGACUGGACGGACGUGACCACCAUCAGCCGGUAUGAGGAGCUGGACGGCCCGCAAUUGAUCAGCUGGCAUAAAUAUGGAUAUAAGACUUUCUUUGAAAUUAUGCUGAACACAUACAAAGACGGCCCAGGGCUCCCCAACCUCGACAUAAAGCUGAACACCGAAGUUAAGGUCAUCAGGGCCCCGCAGCGCCCCACCGAGCGCGUCACCGUCGAGUGCGGUGACGGCAGCUCCUACGUGGCCGAUAACGUUAUUGUCACCGUGUCUCUUGGGGUUCUCAAGGACAAGCAUACGACGCUCUUCUCCCCACCACUAUCCAAAGAAAAACAAACGGCAAUAGACAAAAUCAGCAUAGGCGUCAUGGACAAAGUCAUUCUAUCCUUCGACGAAAUCUGGUGGCCGCACCACACUUCGUUCUUCGGGUUCAUAUGGAAGGGAGACGACAAGAGGAAACUGGGCAAAGAUGAUUAUUGGACCACGAGGAUAUAUGGAGCUAGUCGGCCUAUGGGGUCCAGUAAUUCGCUGACCUUGUGGACUAGCGGAAAUGUUGCUAAACAGGUUGAGACACUGCCAGAAGAGACAGUUAAGACGAAAUGUGUGGAACUGCUACAGAAAUUCAUCGGCCACGAUAAAAUUACCGUGCCGAAACCCACUGCUAUUAUAAGGUCAACCUGGCACUCGAACCCAUACACCCGCGGCAGCUACUCCUACGACAACCUCCUCACCCCGCAAUACCCCGAAGCCCGGGCGUGGCUCGGCACCCCUAUCUUAGACUCCUCGGGCGCCCCUAGAGUACUAUUUGCAGGGGAGGCAACGAAUCUGAAUCAUUUCAGUACGGUGCACGGCGCAAGCGAGACCGGGUAUAGGGAGGCUAUGCGGCUAUUGCCCCACGCUAGUAAAAUAUAAGCGGUACGAGUUUUACACAAUAUUUUGAUACAUGCAAACUAAGUCCACACGUGUAUAAAAAUAUUACUACAAAAAUUACCGGUACUGAUUUGAAUCCGGUAUCAUUAUACCAAAUUACCGGUAUUCAUUCUAUAGUUAAACUUGGUUCAACCAAAGGUAUCGUCAAGGAUUUUAGUAAAAUGCUAAAACAUUUUUACGCCAACAACAACGUAUCAGUUGCUGUAGUAAAAAAGUGUCAAAAAUAUCUAAACAGGCGCUUGAACGUCUUAGCGACGAGUGAUAUUGGGUAUAGGGAGGCCAUGUGGCUAUUGCCGCACGCUAGUAAAAUAUAACUUCAGAAUACAGAUGUUUAGGAGUCUCUAUAUGGAGCUGUUGUGUGGUAGAAACAGUGCCUAUUGAUCUUAAAUUGAUACUUACAAUUUGAUUUUUCCUGGUCCAACAGAUAUCACUGACCAUUCAGCGAGGCAAUGCCGCCAGUAUUUUUGGCACUUUUGGUCCGGGUGAAAAUCAGAGUGGGGGUAGGUUUCUAUUUGUUUAUUGCUUUUUGUUAUAUAGAUACUAGGUAGGCCGUUGACGAAACGUGAUUUGAUUUUGAUAUAAAUGAUCUAUACAAAAUAUAUGACUACAUUUAGGGUAAACUUACCAGUACUAUUUAAAAUACCGUUACUAUUUUAGGUAAAGUACGAGAUUAACGGUAUUGAUUUUAUAGGUAAACCAAAGUUACCAGAGAGUAAUAUGAUAAAAUUUAAACCACAGUAGCUAAUAUUUUUAUAUCAGCAAUUACGUUACAGUAAAUCUAGCUAAACACAUCUUAAGCGGAAAAGCGCAAACAGUGAAAAAAAUAUUUGAAAAAAACCGUAUUAAGCGUGAUCAUAUUAUGUGAAUUAUUUUGCAGUUAUAGAAAAUAUACUUGCAACCCUAAAGCCCGGACAUGGCUCGGCAGCCCGCGGACGGGACUCGAGGGGGGGGGGGGGCGCCCGAGGAGUCCGCGAGCUGCCGAGCAUGCGACCACUCUGAAUCACUCCAGUACGGUGCACCGCGAGCAAGACAGGCAUAGGGAGGCUAUGCAGCUGUUGCCUAGCAUCAGUUAAAUAUAAGCGAUAUAUACUAGAUGGCACUGUUUUGCUCUGAUGCCAAUGGUACUGAUGUUAAGUGUAUAACAUUUUGAUACAUUCAAUACAAACAGUGCUUAAAUUACCGGUGCAUAUUUGGAAUACCGUUACUAAUGUAGGUACUUACGGUAAAUUAUCAGUAUUGAUUUUAUAGCUAAAGAAAAGUCACCGGAUAGUAAAACGACAAAAUUUAAAGCACGUUGGUAAUAUGUUUUAUAACAACGAUUACGUAACAGUAAAUACAUUAAAACCUGCUUAAGAAGAUAGUCUAAAGAAAUCGUAUUGAAUGUGAUCAUUUAAGCGGGUGCUACUGUAGUUAUAGAAGAUACGUUAGUAGAGUUAGACCAAAAAAAGUCUGCAACGGUUUUGAUAGCACACGCAGUCCAAGUGUUAUUUGAAACGUCAAACUUCUAUGAAAUUAUGACGUAUAAUAACAAUAGCAUUGCGUGUGCUAUCAAAAUCGUUGCAGACUUAUCUUAGUCUAACUCUAUAACUUCAAUGUGUCAGUUAACAAAUGUCAAAAUUACAGAGAUUAUUAUCAACUGUGUAAAGCUAAUUGAUAUUGAUGAAAAUUUUUGAUACAUGUUAUUUAUACAAUUUUUACAGUACUAAAAAUACCGUAAAAUUGAAAUACUUCCAUUAAUACCGGUACUGAAACAAUUAUGGUACUAAAAUUACCGGUACUGAUUUUGUAAUUGAUAAUAUAGCUCACCAAAGGUUACAGCAAAAUUUUUAUAGUAAAAUUUAUUACCACAAUGAUAACAUUUUUCUAUUUUAUAUAAUUUUGGUACAUACAAAUAUAAUAACUAUACAAAAAUGACCAGAAAAAUCUAUUUAAAAUACCGUUAUUAAGUUACGGCAGCCAGUGAUACAAAUUACCGGUAUUGAUUACCUAGCUAAACCAAAGUUGCCGGGUGGUAACAUUACCGUUAUGGAUAACGAUAUCAAAAUUACCGGUACCAACAUAUUAAACAUCGGUAUUGCAAUUACCGAUACUGGUUGUAAUGUGACUAAAGCUAUAGGAAUAUACAAUUUCACUAUUAGGGGAAUUUAUUUUUAUUGUAUGGAUGGCUUUGUCUGCAUUUAAACUUUAUCGUAAAUUCUUGAUACUAUAUAUUUUAUAUUGUUUUUAAUAUCAUAUUUGUAUAUAGAAUUAAGCCCAAAUGACCUUUAAAUUUUAAAGAAAUAAUAUGGAGGACACAUAUCUUGUAGUCAAAACUUGCCAAUGCUGUACCAAUUCAAUCAUUUAACGUAUUUUAGUGUUCCGUACCAAAAAGGUACAAAAGGAACCCUUAUGGUGCGACUCUGUCCGUCCGUCUGUCUGUCUAUCAUAUUGAAUAAAUCUAUAAAUAUCUCGAGAACCACUUAAGCUAUCGAUUUGAAAUUUGGAAUAGAUAUGAACAACGCUAAUCCAGACACAAUGAAAGUAUUAUUAUUAUUUUUUAAUUGACUAUGGAAAAUGCCCAAUAUGAAGAGGGAGCAAAAUUUUAAAGUCUAGUUUUUUUUAAAUAUAAAGUGGCUCAAAAUGAAUCUAGGUACUCUGUUUUAUUGCCACGUUUUUUUUUAUUAACUAUGGAAAAUGCCCAAUAUUAAAAGGGGGCAAAAUUUCUAAGUCUAGUUUUUUUAUAUAAGGUAACUCAAAAAUAAUCUAAAUACUCUGUUUUAUUGCCAUGAUUACUAAUGCAUAAAUAAGUUUAAGAUUUAGGUAAUCGAUUUAAUUUUUAAUAUGCGUUUGCCAUUAUUAUUAUUAUAACAUAUUUAACCUUUGAUGUAUUUGUAAAAUAUUUAAAAACUA